UCCGUGAAGCACAGGGGCUGCCUUUCCACGCAGGAGGGCUGUGCCUAUUGCAGGGAAUGCUGCAUUCGGAAGCAGUGGCAGGAGAAAACAGCAGUGGGUGAAGUUCCCAGCACAUAAAACACCAGGAUGAUUACUGUUCUCCCGUGUUGAUGUUGGUUUUGAACGGGAGCAGGACACUGACUCCUGCCCUGCUAUUAUAGAGGAGAAAUAAAACUGAGCUGCGGAAUGAAUUAGUAGCUAACACCAUGAUUACUCUCAGCUGUUAGCACAAGUUGUUGGGGGGGGGGAAUGGGAGAGGGAGGAUAAACCCCCCCACUUAACGCUGCCUAGGGAAUACUGUGGAAUUUCGGGCAGAUACCGUUGCGGACUAGCAGCAUGCCUGACUGCACUUGAGUGCGAGCACUGAGCAGCAGCCUCAUGUUGUAUCGUACCGUUUCUAAGGCUGGAGGAAGAACAGCAAAAUAGUAAUGGAUUUGUGUACAGUGUUUCUGCAUAAAUGGAAAAUAAUAUAAAGAUGGUGGUAUGUAAUUUGUAUUUUAUUUUUAAGAAGAAUUUAAUCCAGGUAUGUAUGCUUUUUUUUAUUUUUGUGUCUAGUCUACAUACAGUUUUCGGCUUCCUUUGUUUCCUUUUCGUAUUUUCAUUCUGAAUGUACCUCCCACUGUUCUUGCUAAUGCAAUGCAUUGAUUUGUAACUGAUUUGCUUUCUAAUGCUAUAAUGUUGAUGAAACUGUCUGGGCUUCUGGAAUUAACACUUCAUUAAAAAGUGGGGGGGGUAAUUUUGUAAGGUACCAACUUCACAAUGUAAGUUGAGUAAGACAGCGUGGUGUUUGAUUUCUCAAUGAGUUGGAACAUUUUAAUCGGUAUAAAAAGAUAAAUAAAUUAGUUAUACAAAUACACAGUGAAAAUAUACUAUAUUUUUCUUAUAUGUGUCAGUACUUUUUUCCUAACUUGUGACAGGAUUAGUAAUAAAUUGAGCUUUAUGGAUGCUUAUGUAUUUCUGGGUCUUGAUUAAUCUUCAAGAUGAACACCCUGCAGCUUUCUUUUGAAGAGGCAGCUUGCUUAGACUACAGGCUUGAUUCUGUUCCACAGCUAAAUCUGUGUCUUAGAAUACCCUCUCCAUGUACCUCCCCCAAGCCCAACCUAAAAAACCACCAGAGAUAUUUAAUACUUUUUUGUCCAUCCUUUUAGGUUCAAGAAGAUAACAUCAGCAUUUUGCCUUCUGCAAUUUUAGAGGCCAAGUAAUAGUAGCUGCAACUAAUUCCUUACUGUGAGAUUGAGGGUUCAUUUUGCUUUAAGAGGAAGAAUUAUGCAGAUAUAAAAAUCUGACUGUAUUCAUUAACCCUUAACUUUCUUUAGUCACCUGGCUCUUUUUUUGCAUUUUUUGUCUUAUUAAGAAUAUUUUCUUUCUGCUGACUACUGAUUAUAUGUAAUAAGUGAAAUAGAACAUAAUGCUAUGUGCCCUUAAACUAAGGACACAUCUUAUAAUGUCCAGUAGAAUGUAUUAAACCCACUUAGGUAAUGCUUAUUUGAUUGUUCAUUAGUCCUGAAAUAUCUCACAGUAUUCUGUUGCAUUUCAAAUUUGAAUGCAGCCCAGUUUUAAGAAAGAUGAUUUUUUUUUUUUAAUAACAUGUUGAUCCAAAAAGAGUUAAUAUCAAUUCCAGCAUCUUAAUACUGGUGUUAACUCUUGGUUGGCAGGAACUCUUAUGCCUGAAAAACAUUCAUUGGGGUAACAAUAAUUGCUUCCUGAAGUAGAAAUAAACUCUGUCCAUAAAGUUGUAGUUAGUUUUCACAGAGAAGGUGAUACAAUGCUUGUUUUCUGAUUGAAGCUGUUGGUGAUUAUAUAAAAUAGUUGCCUUUAUUUAGUGUAAUACACAGCUAUGAUUUGACAAUUGAAAAUGGAAGGUUACUUGAUACAUUUGAAUGUUCUAAAAAUCAGUGGUAAUUCUUACAAUCUAAAUCAACAUACUGAGGAAAGCAAUGAGAGAAUGCUGUUAAGUCUAAGAGCACUAAGAGUCAAAAGUAGAAUUUAAGGUUAAAACAUGUUUUGUUUGUCAUAAAUUAUUUUUGUAAAGGGUAGUAGGAUAGAAAUUAUGGUUGACUGUCAUCUCAAAGACCUUUCCUACAGAAAGAAGCCAUGAUGCAAUAUAUAUGAGGUUUCCUUAGGUGGAAUGCACACAACUUGGAGAGUUGUAUAAAGGUCUUCUGUCACUAUCUAUGUGCUUGGUGCUGUAGUGAUGUCACCACAUUAUCAUAAUGACCAUAUAUUGCUGUGAAAACACUUAGGAAAUCUCAGGUGAAGUGUUGGGAUUCCAGAGUGUUACUCAGGAGGAGAAGACUGAUAGCUCAGAAUAUCUCACAAUUCAUUAAAGCAUCAAGGAGGACUGAAAAUUCCAAGUUUUCUUUUAACUGUAGUGUUGUGAAAAUCUGGGAAGAAUGUAGUAUAACAGCUUCUGACUUUUGAGACCAAUACAGCUCUGAAGCAUAAAAAUUCUUUGGCACCCAAGAAGGUUCUUAUGCAGGUUUUGUUUUUCUCACUUGUGUCGUUCACUUCAGUUGACAUCUCCAAAGCAGAGGGUCUUACUUUCAGGUGUAAAUCUAAGUAUUACUCACUGUAUUGUAGCAAAGAAAGCAGAGAUUUUUUUUCCUUAUAAAGUUUUGCAACAAAUUUAAAAUUGUGUUUAAUAUCUACCAUCCUCAUCAAUGAAAGUCCUGUCACAUGUUUAACAAGCGUGGCUUUUAUCUGUGUGUGCCUACUCAUCCUGGUGUAUGUUGUUGUCAGCAGUACUUGUAGUGGUUUGUGCUUGUGGCAUUUUUCAAAUUCAGUAAUUGCUACCAUUUAUCAAAUGAAAGGCCUCUUUAUAAAAGCUGCCUGUUUCAUAAUUUUAUGUUCUAAAAAUGUCCUGUAAUUAUUAGUUUACUAGAAUUUAGAAAAUACAUGGGAUGGAAUCUAGGGGGCUACAAGUACCAUUUUGCCCAUAUCAAAUUGUUCUCUUAAUCGAAAUAUUUCACCAGGAAUUUCUGUAAAUACUUUUAAAAAAACCCUCCCCAAACCCCCAAGGAAACAAAAAAAAUCAAAGCUGUAGAGUGGUGUAGUGUACACAUGGUCACAGACCUCAUGGCAAACUCUGUCCAAGAGGGAUCUAAUUCAGGGCAGUGUGUUGCCUGUUCUAAGGCUCAGGCCAGUACAGUUAGAGGAUUAAAAAUCUAUACCUGAAAGAAAAUUGAGGGUGUUUUUUUUUAAUUAUAUUUUCUGAUGGAAUUAUUAUCAAUACCAGUUUAGGUUGCUGAAAAGUUUGAAAUGUUACUAUUAAAAGAAAUUUUGAAUAUACUCAGUAUACUGCAAGCAUAUUCUCUACAUAUGUGUUAUGCUUCCCUGUAAAUUAAAUCAUUUAUCUUCUCAGUGUGUAAUGUCUGAAAAACUCUCCUUAUUAAAACAUAGACAAAAUUAAGGAUAGAAGUGAGAUUUUGUCAAUUGUAUAUUGAUGCUUUCUAUCUUUUAAAAGACAUUACAUAGAUUCUGAUUAUUCUGUACUCUCUAUAUAUUCUGUACUGUAUAACUCUUGUUCAUUUGGGGUAAUCUGACAUAAUAGCAUGCAGGUAAUAGUCUAACUCAGAAGUUAAUAUGUCUGGUACCAACUUAGUAAUACAAUAAUCCCCAUAUUGUCAGCAAAUAACUUUUCCCUUCCCACAUUUUCCAUUCCUUUUGUAGUCUCCACUUAAAUAGUAAUGAACUCUUAGGUGGAACCAUCUCAAUUUUAGCAGUUUUUGAAGUAAGAGUAUUGACUAAAAAUAAGUUUAUGUAGGACAGCACACAUCAUAUAGUCAGCUGAAAAGGGGGGAAAAGUCACUGCUGCCACCUUCUUUAUACACUUUUUAAUUGAAAAAGUUGAGGAAGCAACUAGAAACAUUAAAGAGAAAAAGGUUAGUACAUUUAGUCAGACAGCAUUGAAACUGUGUUCCAAGUCAUUUGCAGUCUUAUUCUUGUGUGCAUUAGUACUCUCAAUUACCCCAUGCUAAGCUGUCUGUGGACAGCUCCCAAUGGAGCACAUUUUACCUUUAGAAUCUGUUCAGUAGCUUUUUACAUCUAAGUAUUAAUCUGCUAUAUUUGGCACAUCUCUUCCUUUGGUUUUAGUUCUAGUCAAGGCCAUUGUCCUUUAAAAACAAUUGCUUCAAAUAUCAUUUUCAUUUUUGUAAAAUUGUCUUCAACAAUUUCAUUAGUAAUUCAUAAAUAACUGAAUGACAACUUUAGCCUCACAGUUGGUGCAACAAAAUUUCUUAGAGAAAAACAUAAAUAUUACAGAUACACACAAAGGUGUGGAGAAUAGUGUAACUAAAAAAAGUAAUUAUGGAAAUUAUUGCGAAAUAGUGAGGGGUUUUUUUCAACUCAUGUCUGUCUUCAACAGUAAUUGAAAAAAACCCCUAUCUUUUACUGCAGAAAAGUCCUCUUUUUUCCCAUAGUGGUCAUAGCAGUGGGGGAGCAGUGAAGAUGACUUUUCUUUCCGGAAUAAUUACUCAUCCUAGCAUGCUGGGAAUUUACAUUUUCUUCUCAGCUCUCCUGAAGACAAUAUGCUUCUAUAUAUUACAAAGUAGUUUAAUUGCAAGUAACUGAGUUCAUUCACUAAUGCACAAAGUUCUAUAUGUGAUUUCUGUUUCGGACUCUAUUCUAAAUCGCAGUGAGUGAAAAUCAGUUUUAAGCCUGUGCUGCUUGAGUCUGUCAUCCUUAAACUCAAUUAAGUUGUGUGUUGAAAGAACAGGAAUGUUACAGCUAUGAAUGACCAGUAUAAUGAGCAGUAUAGCUGCUAAAAAUUUAGGUUGGAUUCUACCUUAUACCUGAUGAAUAUACAUGCAAGCUCUUCAGGACAGUGGUAGGUCUUGUGGGCUAAAACAUAAGCAGCUUGUAGGAUCCUUAGAUUGGGGUUUGAAAAAACAAGUUAGUGGUUAGUUGUAUUUAUAACACUUCCUAUAAGUAGAGAAUGCAACAUGUUUAGUGGUGGUCAGAUACAUUAAUAGCAGGAUCCAUAAAGAAAUAUCACUAGAUAAAUAAGCAGAUAUAGUGAACUUUCCAAAUCAUUUUGGUGAAAAAUAAGAAUAGCUUUCUAGCCAAAAGUAGACACUGCUGAUAACACUCCACGCUUUUGUGGGAAUGUUGGAGGGGCUAAUCCAGUAGGACAAAGGUCUACUGGUGAAAAUCUAAGGAAUUCCUGGAACAAAGAGUAAUUAUCCAAAAGAGAAAGCAGGACUACUCCAUUGUUAUGGCCCCCACCUUUGCCAGGGUCUGCAGGCAGGCCAUCCAUUGUAGCUUGUGCAGUAUUAAGAUGUACCACCUUACCUUGAAAGACUCACCAAUAAUGCACAUUAAAAGUGUCAGUAUUUAAGAUUACGAGGAGAAUUUCAGAAGAAUGUAAAGGAGCAGAUAAUUGUUCUAAAUUAAGUUCUUCUGAAUUAGGUCAUCUGAGAUGAUUGUCAGUAUAAUGCCACUGUUAUAGUAAAUUAAUGAAGCUCUCUGGAGUAUACACCUUGUUUAAAGGAAAGUAGCAAAGGUUUCACCCAAGAGACAUGCACUGAGGGCAAGUACAGUUAUGUCAAGAUAACCUUAUUCCCAGGCAACCUUAAGACUAGUAAAAUACCAUGCUUAAUAAAUCUGUGCAUAUGAAUUCUUUUAUUGAUUCUUUGUGUUCCUGAAAGUAAGAGGACCUUUCUUAGCCUCAGUUUCUGUGACUGCAGAGUAAAUUGUUUACAUUUUUUUGUUAUGUGUGAUUAAUUAAUUCCUGUGAAGCAUUUUGCACAUCAAAAAAAGAUGUUGCUGUCUGUAGAGAGUAGUGACUAUUUUGGCAGUAAUACAAAGUGGUAUUGCUACAGAAAAAGACUGUCUGGGUUCGUUUUGUUUUCCUCUACUGUCUUGGUGUUGGGAACACAAACUUUCGUGUGGCAUUUUAUAGAGGGAGACUGCACUUGUGUCUCAUCUUCUUCCCUGUCCCCUUCCAAUACCCACAGGCCCCUUGCAGUUGAUUCGUAGUGUAAAGGCUAAGCAAGGCUGUGGUUCUGCCUGGUUCUUGCUUUUUUUAAAGGGGACAGUCUGCAUCCACAAAGCUACCUCUGAAUGGAGAGAGCUGCUGCUCUACAGCUUUAUUUACUGGGGUCUGAACAGAAGCUCAAGCAGUGAUCUAACUAUUCUAUUUAAAUACUGAAAUCAUGUUUUUAAGAUGAUCCAAUUUUCUUUAUAAGAAUAAAGGGCUGGAUUUUUUAAAAUAAUUUUUAAAAAUUGGAAUCUAUGAGGGUCUGGUGCUCAGACAUGUAACUAGAAUACACUGCUUGCAUUGUUUAAAAAGGUGUAAUUUUUAACCCAGCCCACUCCACCCCCCUUCUACCUGACACAUUAGUUUUAGACUUGGAAAAGAAUCCUUUAUAAGUGAUGCUUCCAACUGACAUUUAUUUUGACAAUGCUUUGUUGUCAACAGUAUCCAAAUUACCUUUUCACCAUCAUGUUGAUUGGCAAAUGUCCAUUUUCAGACUUGCUAUGGGUAAAAAGUUGAUGGAAGUGCCAUUGUGUCCUUUCUUUAUAGAAGUAACCCUUUAACAAUUUGUUUUCAUUCUAAUCUCACAAUUCAUAAGACUUUCCAGUUUCCUGCUCUAUAACCAUCUAGCGUAAAGUCCAUACAUCAUUACUGUAUCAUUUCAACUUGAUUCCUUAUGCUUAGAAUGGGUUAAUUCAAUGGUGUUCAACUUUAUAAUAUAAACUGUUUUAAUUCAAUAAACAAGGAAAGUAAAAAUUUAAAAAAUCAGGUCCUGAUGGCUUAUUGGGAGACCUGAAUAAAACCAGAAAAUAUCUGAAUGACAGCUUUCAGAUCAUUCAAAUAAUUACUUAGCCCUAUGUGCUUCUUAAAAGAAUGUUCCUUAUUUUCUAAAGUUUUAACCUACACUGAUUUAAAACGUUAAGAACAACCCAUGUAAAUCUUCACAGAAAGAAAUGGAUGAGCCCUAUAAUGACUCAAACUUGAUUCUGUGUGUAGAUACACAAUUUUAGAAAAUGAGUUUUUGACAGUGCAAUGGUAGGCUGUAAACUGAUUAACAGAUCAUAUGACUAAUACAGCUGAGAUGGAAUAGAACUCGCAUGAGAGAACAUAAAUCUGCUCCAUUUAGCAGAUCUCCCUGUGUUUGCAACAGUACAGCUUUUAAUUGACUAUGGCAUUGUCAGAAACUGGGUUUCUGACAAAUUGAGUGCUGAAUGUGUACCUACUUGUAAUACUUUCAAUUAUCUCUGAUAAAAAGCAUAAGUUAGACAGUAGGUCAAACAUAUAUAUAUAUGGCUGGCUAUGAAAUCAAGAUUAUUCUACAGAGAAGCAUUAAAGCUUAUUUAAAAUGAAUGGAAAUAUUCCAGAUUCCAGUGAUAACUUCAUUAUUUCUUGAUGUUUUUAGGCUGAGACAGGAAACAAGCCUUCUAGCUUGUUUAUUCAUUCUUGGUUUGAAGUCAUUUGAAGAAUGUCCAAGUUAUCCAAGUGAAGUUUAUAUGAGAAGGCAUUUAAAAAUCUAUUUCUGUGUGUGCAUAGAAGGCAGGCAGUCACACUUAAAUCCUAUUCAAUAAAUGGUUACAAACAUUCAGUGUAAGAGCUGAAUUGUUAACAAGUGUUUCUACACCUAGAAAGAUGCCUUUGACAUUGAAAAGUGUCCCAGGAUGGUUCCUUUCGCUACUAAUAAUAUGUGAAAACCAGGCAGCCUUGGCUGUAGUGAAAGCUGUGCAAUAUUCUGAGAGAUGCCAUUUGCACUCCUUGAAAAUUGCAUGCAGUCACAUUGAGCACUCCUUUGCUUCCAAACGUUGCUUGCUCUUAAUUCACUCUUAAUACUCUGACUUCAGGCAUAAGCCUACAAGAAAAAGAAGUGGCAAGGGGUGUGCUGAUGAUACAUUAUAAACGUGACUCAUAUCCAACAGAUAUUUCAGCGUUUUAUAAAAUAGUAAGGUAGUAACUUUGGAAAGGAUGAACAAUGUUGUUUAUUCUUGUUCUGCUUGCUCUUGGUCUGCAUUCCAAUUUUGUUAUAACUGAAAAAGAAAUAAGUCUGUUUACAUCCUCUGUUCCAGGAUUCCAGAAGCCAACCAGGCUUUUAGCAGCUCUCCCUGUGCUUUCUGCAGCAUAGUGCAUUUUGCUGCUGCAGUGUGAAUCAGUGGUUAGUGUUUAUUAUUGACCAUUGAGUUUAACAGUAAGGUCAGUAAAGACAAACCAUGUUAUGCAAAGACUAGAUCUUGAGGUGUUUGAGUGUUCCAUAAUGUUUCACACAGUGCCAUGCUGUUUGCAGACAGUUCAUAUUCUUUGCGCCUCUGAAGACACCACAGAGCAAUUUUUAACCCUUCAUAUACCAUGUAUCUAAAUAAUAUUCUGCCAAAGAAUUUUUAGCUGCUUUAGAAACCAAAAUGGUCAUUUUAAGAACUUCUUUGUUGGAUUUUUCUGAGCUAUUUGUCUUGGUUUUAUUCCACAGCAAUGAAACUGGGAGGUGAAUUAUAUGCUGUACAAAAAUACAUUUACAUGUUUAAAGCGUGUUGACCACGUUUCUAUAGAAUACAAGCUUUUGUUUUAUGGAAUAGAAGCUUCCAGAUACCUCAUGAAAUCUUUUCUUAGUCUUCUUUUAGAUCAAACAGCUUUCCUGUUAUAAUGGCACCUGUUUCCGUCCUGCAACUUGUAAAUCAUAUCUGUAUAUUGUUUUGUAUAGGUUUGAUGUUUUCUUUCUGUGACCAGAACAAUGUCAAAUUUAGUAACCUAGUUGAGAAGGUCCAUCAGUUGUCAUUAAGAUUUUCUGCUAUUUUCUAUGCCUUUUUUGUCUGUUUUUUUUUUUUACUUCUUAAAGAAAAGAAACAAAGAAGAUAUGCUUACCUUUGAGUCCUGGCUUACCAGACCUUGUUAAAGUUUGAUAUUAAAAGAAAGCAUUUAUUUCCCAAACCAUAGUCAUGUGUAUAAUCCAAUGUCAAGAUAGAACAGUACUUCAUGGCUACAAUACUCACUUCUUAUAUCUGAAUCCAACCUUGGUCCAAAAGAUAAAGCAAGAGAGAACUUUCUACUUCUGUUUUACUAGAUAGUAACAACUUGCUUCCCUGUCUGUUUUUUGAUCUCUGCUGUAUAUCAUAUGGAUCUAAAUUGAAAUGUCAUUACUCUGAAAGAAAACACAGAGCAUUAAUACGAAUAUAUUCUGUUAAAGUCAGAGAAUUAAAGUGGAGGAAGAAGCCUGUAAAUAAGUAUAGCUUAUUCAUUUAUGUUAAAAAUAUUCUCCUAGAACUGUUUUCAGUUUCAAUUAUUCAUGAAAAAAUCUGUUCAGACAAUUAUGGGGAAUCAUCUGUGUUUCCAUUGUAACCUACUUAGAACAACAUCAGUAUUACUGAAUGAUAAGUUUGCUUGGCAGCCAUUGUAACAUCAUUCCCUCCUUUUUAGACACUUCGAGAAGCCAUGAGCAACAGAGGGAGAUUUUGCAAGACAUACAAAACCCCUUCAGGAUUUUGUUUCCAACAAGCAGAUGUGUGAUUCUUUUCUUUUUUUUUUUCCUUUUUUUUGUAUUUUUCUGUCAAAUUAUUCCAGAGCAACAAUAGUUUAUAUGGAUAUGGUCCCCACUGAUGAUGAUCCUGUUGGAGAUACAAAUACUUGUCUGGAUCAAAAAUGGUGUUUUGUGGAAACAGCUUGAAAUAAAUUACACUCCAUGGUUUCUGCCCUCCUAAAGAGCCUGAUCUCAUCUUACAUACAUAAGAUCCGCAAAGGAAUGUUUACAAAGAAAUCGGGAAAUAGUACAAAAAGGAAAGAGAGUUGUCAGAGCAAAAAGGAACAAGACUUUACUCAGAUUGGACAUACAAAGAAUCCAAAAUUUUCAAAUACUUUAAAAAGCACCGUUAAAAAGAUUGCCAAGUGCCCAUCUGCUCGCAACUUAUCCACUGAAGAACAGGAAAGCAAUAGAGAAUUUUCCCUUUCGCCAACAUUCAGUUACAGAGUUGCUAUUGCCAAUGGACUGCAAAGGCAUGUUUUGGUAGCACACACUAAUAAUGAAGAUAUAGUUCAAGAUCUGUCUUCAAAUGAUAGCUCGUGUUCUGACUCUUUAAGUGAAAUAAAAAGUAAUAGCAAGAAGGACGAAUACUCAUCCCACACGAUGCCUGUGAGACGCAACAGGAAAAGCUUGAGCAGCCUCGCACCAUCCGAUGGGAGUUCAGAUGGAGAACGCACUUUGCACACACUGAAACUGGGAGCUUUACGAAAACUAAGGAAAUGGAAAAAGAGCCAAGAAUGUGUCUCAUCGGACUCUGAACUAAGUACAUGGAAGAAAACAUGGGGAUUAAGAAGUAAAUCUCUGGACAGAACUGGGCGUCACCAGAAAUCAAACACUCUUGAACCUGGCUUUAGUUCGACAGGUUGUAUUAGUCAAACCCAUGAUGUUAUGGAAAUGAUCUUUAAAGAGCUUCAGGGAAUAAGUCAAAUUGAAACAGAACUCUCUGAAUUAAGAGGGCAUGUUAAUGCUCUGAAACAAUCAAUUGAUGAAAUUUCCAGCAGUGUCGAAGUUGUGCAAAAUGAAAUUGAACAGUUGCGAACUGGGUUUGUACAGUCCAGAAGAGAAACCCGGGACAUCCAUGACUACAUUAAGCAGAUAGGCCAUCCAGGAAACAAAGCAAGUCUUAGGUUUCUAAACGUGCCUGAAGAGAGACUGGAAAAAACUGAAAGCAUAGUUUACAAAAUACUGAUAGAUAAAAUGGGCUUCUCAGAGGCACAAAGCACUAUUAAAAUUGAAUUUGCCCAAAGAUUGGGGCAACAAAGAGACUGUCCAAAUGCAAAACCAAGACCCAUUCUUGUUUACUUUGAGUCAUCACAACAGAGAGAUUUGAUUUUAAAAAAGUCUUAUAAACUUAAGGGAACUGGCAUUGGAAUUUCUACAGAUAUAUUUUCCCAUGACAUAAAAGACAAAAAAGAAAGAGGACUACCUUCUUCUCAGACAUAUGAAAGUAUGGAUAUGAAACUUUUAACUGUGGAGACAAAAUCUAAAAUGCAUGACUGGGAGUCACCUGACAGUGAUAAAGACUUGGAAUCAGAUAUAAAUAAGAACAGUUAUGCAAAGAUAUCUAAAUCAGCAUUUCAAAUAAAAACAAGCACUACAAAGGGGAUUACUGAGUCCCCAAACACUAAAGACCUUAAAAGAACUGCUGACAAUGGCACCUUUUCAAAUAGAAGUUAUGGCAAUCAGUCACCAGAAUUUGACAAUCUGGAGAAACAAUCAAAGGCUUAUUAUUCAGACAUGACUCCUUUGUGGCACUUACAGAAUGACUUUGCAACACCAAAGCUCAGCCGUUCAGAGUCAGAUUUCUCAAAAUUGUGUCAGUCUUACUCUGAGGAUUUUUCAGAAAACCAGUAUUUUAGCAGAACAAAUGGCAGUUCACUGUUGUCUUCCUCUGAUCGAGAACUUUGGCAACGAAGGCAAGAUGAUUCUACAAACUGGUAUGGCAGUUCCCAGGAACAGACUUUUGUCCAAGACAUGGAACAGCAUCCGGAGCAAAAUGAAAUAGAAAACAUAGAAACUGUUGAUAGUGGAGUAAGCAAUGGAAUGAUCUGUGCAUCUGGAGACAGAAACCACUAUAGUGAUACUCAGCUUGCUUUACAUGAUGAUCUUUCCCCGUGGAAAGACUGGAAUCAGUUGGAACAAGGGGCAGAUUUGGGCCUAGACACAUCCACACAGGAAGUUUUUGUGUAUGAUAUGAGCAGCCCUUCAGAUCAACAGACAGAUUUUGGAAAGGGCCAAGGUUCUGACCUCCAGUAUGAUACUGAAAGCUAUGAUUUCACCCUAGAUGGUACUUCUCCAUCAUGUCCAGGCCUUGAUAGUGAAACACAAAGUCAGUGGACUGGUCAAUAUGAUGAUUAUCAGGAUACAAAUUCUAUGUCCUCUUAUCAGAAUCAAAACAGAUUGCCUAUGAUGUACCGAAGUCAGAGUGAACUACCAAGUGAUGAUUCAGAAGAAACAGCCCCUAAAUCGUGGCAUAGCCGGUUGAGCAUAGACCUUUCUGAUAAGGCUUUCAGCUUUCCUAAAUUUGGAUCUACGCUUCAACGUGCUAAGUCAGCUUUAGAAGUAGUCUGGAAUAAAAGUACACAAAGUUUAAGUGGAUACGAAGACAGUGGAUCAUCUUUUAUGGGAAGGUUUAGAACUUUAUCUCAGUCUACUGCAAACGAGUCAAGUACAACACUCGAUUCAGAUGUUUAUGCUGAGCCUUAUUGCUACAAAGCAGAGUAUGAGGAAGACUUAAUUGAACCAUCUGGUGAGAAUGAAACAGACUAUGUAGAAGUAAUGGAACAGGUGCUUGCUAAACUAGAAAACAGAACUAAUAGUAGUGAAACUAGUGAGCAAGUCCAAGAAUAUGAACUGGAGCAGGCUUUGUAUGAAACUCCGUAUGCAAUGCUGCCAGAGGAGCAAUAUGACACACAGUUUGAUGGCGUGAUCAGUGAAGAGAUAUUGGAAGUUGAAAGCGAUGUGGUUCCUGAGGUAGAAAUAAGAGAAGAUGAAAAUCAGAAUGUCCCAGAGACAGUUAUUGAAAUUCCAAAGAAAAAAAAAAUACGGCCAUCAUUCAAAGAAGCUGCUUUAAAAGCAUACAAGAAACAAAUGAAUGAUUUGGAAGAGAAGAUCCUUGCUGGAGAUAGCGGUUCUGUGGAUGAAAAGGCUCGGUUAGUAAGUGGAAGUUCCUUGGAUGCUUCCAAGCUUUAUGCAAUCCAGGCAUUUACUGGUGGACUGUAUGGCAUUGACAGCAUGCCAGACCUGCGCAGGAAGAAAUCUUUUCCCAUUGUUCGAGAUGUGACACUUGCAGCUCGAAAGUCUGGUAUUUCCAUGGCCAUGCUCACCCGGACCUCCAUAAACACUGAGGAAAUGAAAAUACACGUCUUCAAGAAGACAUUGCAGGCUUUGAUCUAUCCUAUAUCAUCAACCACACCUCAUAACUUUGAAAUUUGGACAGCUACAACUCCCACAUACUGUUAUGAAUGUGAAGGUCUACUUUGGGGCAUUGCCAGACAAGGCAUGAGGUGCACUGAGUGUGGUGUCAAAUGCCAUGAGAAGUGCCAAGACCUCCUGAAUGCUGACUGUUUACAGAGAGCAGCUGAAAAAAGUUCCAAACAUGGUGCAGAAGACAAAACACAGAAUAUUAUUAGUGCUAUGAAGGAAAGAAUGAAGAUUAGAGAGAAAAAUAGACCAGAGGUGUUUGAAGUGAUCCAGGAAAUGUUUAAUAUUUCCAAAGAAGAUUUUGUACAAUAUACAAAAGCAGCAAAACAAAGUGUUUUGGAUGGAACAUCCAAAUGGUCAGCAAAAAUAACCAUCACAGUUCUUUGUGCUCAGGGCUUGCAGGCUAAGGACAAAACUGGCUCAAGUGACCCAUACGUUACUGUGCAAGUUGGCAAAAACAAGCGGAGAACAAAAACUAUUUUUGGAAACUUGAAUCCCGUAUGGGAUGAAAAAUUCUAUUUUGAAUGCCAUAAUUCUACAGAUAGAAUAAAAGUGAGAGUAUGGGAUGAAGAUGAUGACAUCAAGUCUAGAGUAAAACAACAUUUCAAAAAAGAAUCAGAUGACUUCCUGGGGCAAACAAUCAUUGAAGUAAGAACACUGAGUGGAGAAAUGGAUGUAUGGUAUAAUUUAGAGAAGCGAACAGAUAAAUCAGCUGUCUCUGGUGCCAUUAGACUGAAAAUCAAUGUUGAAAUAGAAGGAGAGGAGAAAGUUGCUCCCUAUCAUGUGCAAUACACCUGUCUACAUGAGAAUCUGUUCCAUUACUUGACGGAAGUUAAAUCUAACGGGGUUGUGAAAAUCCCUGAGGUGAAAGGCGAUGAGGCCUGGAAGGUGUACUUUGAUGAUGCUGCACAAGAAAUCGUGGAUGAAUUUGCAAUGCGCUAUGGAAUUGAAUAUAUUUAUCAAGCUAUGACGCACUUUUCCUGUCUAUCUUCUAAAUAUAUGUGCCCUGGUGUUCCAGCAGUUAUGAGCACAUUGUUGGCCAAUAUAAAUGCUUUCUAUGCUCAUACCACAGCAGCAACUAAUGUAUCUGCCUCAGAUCGCUUUGCUGCUACUAACUUUGGGAGAGAAAAGUUCAUAAAACUGCUGGAUCAAUUGCACAAUUCUCUGAGGAUUGAUUUAUCCAAAUACAGGGAUAAUUUUCCUGCCAGCAAUUCUGAAAGACUCCAGGAUCUUAAAUCAACUGUGGACCUGCUUACCAGCAUUACUUUUUUUCGGAUGAAGGUCCUGGAAUUGCAGAGCCCACCUCGAGCCAGUACUGUGGUGAAAGACUGUGUAAGAGCCUGCCUGGACUCAACUUAUAAAUACAUUUUUGACAAUUGCUAUGAUCUCUACUCCCAAUUAGUGGAUCAGAGUAAGAAACAAGAAGUUCCUAAAGAAGAACAGGGACCAACAACAAAGAAUUUGGAUUUCUGGGCACAGCUUAUUACUCUGAUGGUCACCAUUAUAGAUGAAGAUAAAACAGCAUAUACACCAGUCUUGAACCAGUUCCCUCAAGAGUUGAACAUGGGGAAAAUCAGUGCUGAAAUCAUGUGGACUCUGUUUGCCCAGGAUAUGAAAUAUGCUCUGGAAGAACAUGAAAAGCAGCGGUUAUGCAAAAGCACAGAUUAUAUGAAUUUGCACUUCAAAGUGAAAUGGUUUUAUAAUGAAUAUGUGCGAGAACUCUCUGCUUUCAAGGAUGCAGUGCCUGAAUACUCUCUGUGGUUUGAACCAUUUGUCAUUCAGUGGCUGGAUGAAAAUGAAGAUGUCUCAAUGGAAUUUCUUCAUGGAGCACUAGAAAGAGACAAAAAAGAUGGGUUUCAGCAAACAUCAGAUCAUGCCCUCUUCUCAUGUUCUGUGGUUGAUGUCUUCACACAGCUCAAUCAAAGCUUUGAGAUUAUUAGGAAACUGGAGUGUCCUAAUCCAGAAGCACUAUCUCAUUUAAUGAGAAGAUUUGCAAAGACUAUCAACAAAGUGCUUCUUCAGUAUGCUGCAAUUAUUUCAAGUUACUUCAGCUCGUAUUGUGAUAAAGAAAACGUGGCCUGUAUCUUGAUGAACAACAUUCAACAAUUAAGAGUCCAGCUUGAGAAGAUGUUUGAGUCCAUGGGAGGAAAGGAGAAGAAAGAAGGAGAGAGAUUCUCUUAUGAGUUGGAUCCUGAAGCUAGUGUUGUUCUAAAAGAACUUCAGGUGAAACUUAGCAAUGUACUGGAUGAACUCAGUGUAACAUAUGCUGCAAGUUUCCAAUUUGUUAUUGAAGAUUGUGUAAGACAAAUGAGCAAUGAACUGAACCAAAUGAGAGGCAAUGGGAAUGCAGCAGCCAACAAGAACAGUGCAGCCAUUGAUGCUGAGAUUGUGCUUCGGCCUCUCAUGGAUUUCCUGGACAAAACUUUAAGCAUCUCGGCAAAAAUCUGUGAGAAAACAGUUCUGAAACGGAUUUUGAAAGAGCUCUGGAAGUUGGUCUUAAACAAAAUAGAAAAACAAAUUGUGCUUCCACCACUGACAGACCAAACCGGGCCCCAGAUGAUAUUCAGUGCAGCCAAAGAUCUUGGACAACUGUCAAAACUCAAGGACCAUGUGAUUCGAGAGGAAGCCAAAAGCCUGACCCUGAGGCAAUGUGCAAUAAUGGAAGUAGCACUGGUUACUAUAAAGCAAUACUUCCAUGCUGGAGGGAGUGGGCUGAAAAAGAAUUUCCUGGAAAAGAGCCCAGACCUACAGUCCCUCAAAUACGCUCUGAGCCUUUACACACAAACUACUGACGCCUUGAUAAAGAAGUUUAUAAACACUCAGACUUCUCAAACUCAAACUGCUAAUAAUUCUGUGGGUGAGAUAUCUAUACAGGUGGAUGUCUCCACACAUCCUGGAACUGGGGAGCAUAAAGUCACUGUAAAAGUUGUGGCAAUUAAUAAUCUAAACUGGCAAACAACAGCCAUGUUCCGGCCAUUUGUGGAGGUUUGCAUGUUAGGUCCUAAACUAAGUGACAAGAAAAGAAAACAUGGAACCAAGACAAAGAGCAACACCUGGUCACCAAAAUACAAUGAAACUUUUCAAUUCACGCUGAGUAACGAAGAUAAGCCAGGAGCCUACGAGCUUCACCUCUCAGUGAAAGAUUACUGCUUUGCUCGGGAAGACCGAAUCAUCGGGAUGACGGUCAUUCAGCUGCAAACCAUCGCCGAGAAAGGGAGCUGUGCCUCCUGGUACCCCCUGCUGAGAAACAUCUCUGUGGACGAGACUGGGCUCACCAUCCUUCGAAUACUUUCUCAGAGGAACAAUGACGAAGUUGCUAAAGAGUUUGUAAGACUUAAAACAGAAACAAGAUCUGCUGAAGAAACGGCCUAAAAUCCCCAAGUAAUGCGAGAUUGUCACCGCCAGAACAUAGAUACAAUGCUGUUGUCUGAAUAGUGCAUGCAUGUGCAAAUCUGUGGGAAUGUUUAACUAACUAUGUUUUCAGUGUUUGCCAGUACUUAUGUACUAUAUUUGCAAGGUAUGUCAAGGAGCUGUAUAUCUUUUAUACAUAUUUUGGUCUUUGGUAAAGUAAUUGUUCCAAUGAAGUGCCAAAACUAAGAGUAAAUGUUUCAUCAUAUCUUUUGAAAUGUUGAUUUCACCUCAUCACAAUUCCUUUAUUUUUUAACAUUUAUUAAUAAAUAAUUAGCUUUUUUAAUUGAUUAAUAGAUUGUCUCUAUUAAAUUACUGUGUUGCUUAUUCUAAAUUAAGUUACCUCCUUUACCAUUAUUUUAAAAAUGAGGUACCUAGUUUUCUUCAAACUGUCAUUUUAUGCAAGCCUCAUUUUAGGUGUCUUACUGAUAACUUUUUCUAUCAUUACUACAGAUGCAGUUACUUAUAGAAAGUGUUUGUAAUUUUAUAAUUACCAAUAUAAAGUAAUGAUUUUUGCAUAAAAACUGAAAAAGGAUGGAAAUAUUUUAUGCUAAUCUCUUUUCCAACCUUUCAUAAAUAUCACUGUGAAGAAAUGCUGUUUAAGCAGGUCCUCAAGAAGCUGUGCUUACCAGAGUUUGUUACUGAUGUUUGAUAUCUUGAGAUAACUUUGUUCUUCAAAACUGCCAUGGUAAUAUCAUAUUUGUAUUAAAAGAGUAAGUCAGUAUCUGUAGAACAGACUGCUGUACAGUACAGUAUAUGUGCUUUUAAAAAGUCAUUUUUUAAAUGAUAUGGUACUGUACAAGGGUUGGUAGUUUGGGAUAUGUAAUGUUGGUUUGUGGUUUGUUUCUAGAAAUUGUUUAUGAAAAGAAAAGAUGCUGUGAGCAUUUUCACUCAGAGUUAUAACGUUGCUUUACAUACUUAGCUGUAACAUCAGUUAAGUGCUUUAUUUCUUUAAUUUUUUUUUAGAAAUGUUCAACAGUUUGUACUUAUGCAACAUUACUAUGUAUUGCACUAAAGCAAACUCUGUGUCCUGUAAAUAUAUUUAGUGAGGAAUUGUAAAAUAAAGUAUGCAGAAACUGC